ACAAGAGUGCACAGAUACAACAUUCGCACGCAACCAACCAACACAACUACCUACCUUCAUCCCAACAAAGAAACUUCCUCACCUCCUUCCUCCCUGCCUCCGUAUAAUAAAACAACACUUCACCUAUACACACACACACACACACACAUAUACAUCCCACCACCAUCUCUAUAUAUAUACAUAUAUGCCGGAGGAGAGAAGACUACGGCGGAGAAUUCCGGUGUCGAACCGAAAAUUCAGACCGGCACAACCCUCACCGUGGCCUCGCCGGCGAACUCCGUCGGCGACUGGACAGUUGUCGAAGAAGACUUCGAGACCCAUCGAGAUUUUACAGAGAUGCAACUCCGAGCCAACUCUGCGGACUGACGACGACAAUCGGAAUCUGACGACUCCUCCGGACUCCGUCCUUUUUCGUCCCAUGACUUGUACGGACGUCUUCUCGUCUGCUGACUAUUUGCCCCUUCUUCAAUCUCCUCAAAAAUUCGAGGGGUACAGUAAGGACUCGAAGGUGGUGGUGAAUGUGAUAGUUGAAGGAAGCCCCGGACCCAUCCGGACUAUGGUCAAAUUGGGAUCGAGCGUGGAGGAAACGAUAAGGCUUGUCGUUAACAAGUACAGUGAAGAAGGUCGGAGUCCUCUGCUUCAAAAAAAUUCUGCUUCAACCUUCCAAUUAUACCACUCCCACUUCAGUCUUGAAAGUUUGAAUAAAUCAGAUGUGAUCGGAGAUGUGGGUAGCAGAAGUUUCUACCUUCGAAAAGGCAUUAAUGGCGACUGUAGUAAUAGUAGUAGUAGCAGCAGCAACGAAGGAGAGAUGGUGGAAUCUGCAGCAUUUUUCACUUCAGAAAUGGUUUCAUCAUCAACAGAGAUCAUUUAG